AUGUCUCGCCACAAGAUAAUCCACAAUCUUGACCUAGAUGAUGAGCUGGACGACUUCGACGGUGGAGAUGACUACGCUGAUGGUGGAGAAGGCGACGGUCUCACAGAAGAGGAUCAAGAGCACAUGCGACAAGGAACCAUAGACGUACGAUCGAAUCUCCCUCCUACUGCAGCGAACGUUACGGAUAAGCAGAUACAAGAAUCGCUAUGGCACUACUACUAUGAUGUAGAGAAGACCGUCAAAUAUCUGGUAUCCACAGUCGAGAAGGCGCAGAAAGUAUCAAAGAAGGCCACGGCAGGCAAAGCGCAAGGUGGGUUAUUUUCUUUUGCAAGCAUGGAAAUCUGUGGGAGCGAUGCGUAUACAAGUCUUGGAUCCGUCGGAGGCCGGUACUUGCAACAGGCCGAGGUGGUUGGUGGUGAUGCUCUUCAGUUUCAAAGGUCCUCUUUCCAGGAUUUCUUUCAUGAUACCCCCUGGCUCAACAUCCCCAAGGACCGAGAAGCCAUCUUCACUCCCCCCCCUCAUCCUAGGGGUGGAUUACUAGGCGGAUCUUCUGAGGGAGCACCGAAGAUGUCCAAGCUUCAAGCGUUAGCAGCGGCAAGGAAGAAAAAGGCGCAAGAAGACAAGUCGGGUUCAAACACUGGAGUGGAAACACCGCUUGCAAAUCUGAAAAUCAAGGACGAUGUGCCGCCUAGCAGUAACCCUGCCACUAGCCACACUGCAUUGCAAAGUCGUUUAUCAAAGCCAACUUCUAGAGGGUUUCCCACUCGCAAACGAAAGGACUCCAAUGAGCACGAGAAAGUAAACAAGCCACCUACUCCAACGAGGGUAUCACAGCCUUCAACGCCGGCUUUCCCCGAAGUCACGUCGGAAGUUGAUCAAUGCGAACCAUCAGCGUUUGCCAGUACCAUGUUCAGUAACCGGCCCGAGACAUCACGACAUUCGAAAAACAACUAUUUCACACUUAACAUCGCUGCGAAUACAUCAGUUACAGCAGCUAACCCCUUCGCAGGCCCAAGUCCCGACGAUAUUGUUAUUGCGGCUCAGUCGAAAGCUAAUGGAAAAGAGAACAAAAAGGCCCCUAAGACGAAUGGAGAAAAACGAGCAGACCAGAUUGCAGCUGGUGUUGAGGCGAUAAAGAUGGAUGACACACCAAGAGCGAAGAGUAAAAAUCUGAACGUCCUCGCAGAAUUCGAGAAGGCCAAAGCGAAGAAUGCCGCCAAUUUUGUUGUUAUUGGUCAUGUCGACGCUGGUAAGAGCACAUUGAUGGGGCGCUUAUUGUACGAUCUUAAAGUUGUCGACCAGCGUACGGUUGACAGAUAUCGAAAGGAAGCGGAAAAAAUGGGGAAAUCAUCGUUUGCUUUAGCAUGGGUUCUCGACCAAGGCUCGGAGGAGCGGGCUCGAGGUGUUACUAUCGACAUUGCAAUGAAUAAAUUCGAGACAGAGAAGACCUCUUUCACCAUUCUUGAUGCACCGGGCCACCGAGAUUUUAUACCAAACAUGAUUGCUGGAGCAAGUCAAGCUGACUUUGCGGUUCUUGUCAUUGACGCAAGUACAGGUUCUUUCGAAUCUGGGUUAAAGGGCCAGACGAAGGAGCACGCCUUGUUGGUAAGAAGUAUGGGCGUACAACGCCUUAUCAUUGCUGUAAAUAAGUUGGAUACUGUCGCCUGGUCCGAAGAGAGAUUCAGAGAGAUAUCAACUCAAGUUUCAGCUUUUUUGACUGCUGCAGGCUUUCAGUCCCGAAAUAUUGCCUUCAUACCAUGUUCUGGAUUGCAAGGGGAUAACAUAACCAGAAAGUCCACCGAGCCGGCAGCUUUAUGGUAUAAAGGACCAACAUUAGUCGAGGAAUUAGACAAUUCCCAACCCGCGAGCCGAGCUUUGUCGAAACCGCUACGGUUAUCGGUUGGAGAUAUCUUUCGAGGUGGCGUGCAGAAUCCUCUUUCUGUAUCUGGACGGAUAGAAUCUGGAUCGCUGCAGAUGGGCGAUGCUCUAUUAGCGCAACCAUCGUCACAAAAGUGUUAUAUCAAAUCAGUAGAGCUCGAUAACGAACCUGCUGAUUGGGCUGUCGCAGGGCAGAAUGUUACCGUACAUCUAUCAGGAAUCGAAGAGCAAUACCUCAAAGUUGGUGAUGUGUUAUGCAGUCCUUCGAGCCCUAUCAAAAAUAUCUCACGAUUCACAGCCAAGGUCCUUGCAUUUGAGUUCGUAACUCCCAUGCAAAUUGACAUUCAUCGGGGGAGACUUCAUACGCCUGGUCGAAUCAUUGAAAUCGUGGCUGUCUUGGACAAGCACACAGGUGCUCCUGUUGGAAAGAAGAAGCCCCGCGUUGUGAAGCCUGGAUUGGUCGCGAGAGUUGUGGUUGAGCUUGACACUGCAGUGCCGCUGGAAGCUCCUAGCCGGGUUGUCUUACGCAGUGGUGGUGAGACGAUUGCAGCUGGUUUGCUCGAAUAG